UCACACGCGCCGCUCACACGGAAGCGACCAUACACUUUCUUAGGCAUAUUAUCCAUGAUAUUAUCACUCUUUCUGCCUUUUAGAUCACUAAUAUGUUGCUUUAAUGUGUCAUUUAGUGGAUUUAAGAAAAAAAAGCUAUUAUUUUGAAAACAUUUAGCGUUACGAUAUCAACACAGAUAUGACUUUUUGGCUUGUUAAAUGCCACAAAUAGAAACUAGAUAAAUGUUGACUGAAAUGGCACAUAUAGGCUCAGAUGUGUGUGAAAUGCAGCUGAAUGGAGUUUCAGAGAUGAUGGAUCUGCUUCAAAUAGACGUGGAGACUGAUGUGGUGGAAGACAGGGCAGGGAGAGAAGCUGCACCAUUUUCAAGAAAUGUGUUGAGGAAGCAGCGACACUGGGAGAGGCAGCUGGCAGCGAAGAAAAGCAAGAGGAAAGAAGAGAAGCAGCGGAGGAAGCUUAACCGUGAGCAGGAGUCAGGUUCCCGCGAGAUCAGUCGACUGGCUGGCCAGUUAAGAAGAUUGUACGGUUCAAACAAGAAGGCGAUUCGACCAUUUCACCUUCUCCUGACAGACCUGAGAGAGGACAGCCGUCUCUACAGAGAGUGCCUACGAAUGAACGCAGGCUUCCUCAACUACAUGAUGGACAUAACAGAAGAAAGCUGUCUGGACCUUUUUUCUCCAGAAACUGUUGUCUACCUCACACCAGAUGCUGAAGAAGCUUUAGAAACAGUGGAUGCCGACAAGGUGUACGUUCUCGGUGGCCUUGUGGAUGAAAGCAUCCAGAAGAAGUUGAGCUUCUCGAGGGCCAGAGAACUGAGCGUCCACACGGCAAGGCUGCCCAUAGACGAGUACAUGGUGAAAAAAAACAAUGCCAAGAAUUUCCACUCAAAGAUCCUGGCUGUUAAUCAGGUGUUUGACAUCUUAUUGACUUUCUGCAAAACCGGCAGCUGGACAGAAGCCCUGCAGGCAUGGUUCCCCCAGGGGAAGGGUUAUGUUGUUGCACCAGAGUUUUCCCUACCACUCUCCGUCCCUCCAUCACAAACUUAGCAUAGGGAUUCAUUUUCAGUCAUGAUUUACACAGAACCCUUUUUGUGUCCAUGUCACUUACGUGAGGGGAGUUGAUACAACGUAUGUGCCCGGUUAAGGAAAUAAAUAGCACACUGUUGUUUAACA